AUGCCUAUCGAGUUGCCAAGUUUUGCACUACGUACAGGACAGUUGAUUAAAGUCGUUUGUACUAUAACUGAAGGAGAUUUGCCGGUAACGUUCGAGUGGGAGUUGAAUUCAGAACCUUUGGCAAAUUUUCCCGAUAUCACUACAACUGCAAUUGGCAAAAGAAUGUCUAUUCUGGAGAUAGAUUCUAUAGCGUAUCACCAUGCAGGAAAUUAUACUUGUUCUGCAAAAAAUCACGCAGGAACUGCCAAAUAUUCUUCGGAGUUGCUUGUAAAUGUUCCACCGCAGAUCACCCCUUUCGACUUCGGUAACACUCCAAUACAUUCAGGCCAGUUUGUUCAAGUGACGUGUACUGCAUUUGAAGGAGAUAUGCCUAUUAAAAUCGACUGGUUGCUGAACAAUGUACCUAUAAGCGAUUUUUCGGAUGUGUCUGUGUCAGCAGUUGGCAAAAGAACGUCUUUCCUUGCCAUAGAUUCUGUCUCUUACACCCAUGCGGGAAAUUAUACAUGCCGAGCUGCAAAUAAAGCUGGUGAAACUACAGUGACAUCAGAACUACAAGUGAAUGGUUAUUAA